AUGGGAAAAUAUCUUACAUUUCCAGAGCUCGCAGCUGUUUUCUUUUUGGAUUUUCGGGGACAUAUUAAAAAAAUUGGUUGGCCUUUAGUUUUUAAGUUAGCUUUACUGGAAAUUUUGAUAUGGGUUGUGUUUCUUGUAGUGAGUUUCUUAGAAGAAAGACCAAAGAAUAUGGCUGCUGGUCAAAAUGUGACCUCUGAUGCAAAAUCUGUCCUCAACAUGUCAAUCACAGUGACCGUAUCAGCACAAAAACCGCCAGCACCUCCUGGGUAUAUCUCCAUUUCAAGAAAGAAGUUGCCUCAAAACCUUGAAAUCAGUGCUGGAGCAAGACUCAAUGCGUGGGUUGAUUCCAUGAGAGCGUCUUCUCCAACUCAUAUAAAAUCCACACCUUCCUUUACUGAUGACCAAGGUUCCUGGAAUCUACACCAUCCAUCUGCCCUGGAGAUGUUUGAGCAGAUAAUAGAUGCAUCGAAAGGGAAACAAAUAGUAAUGUUUCUCGAUUACGAUGGCACUCUUUCACCAAUUGUCGAGGAUCCAGAUCGAGCUUUCAUGUCCAAGAAGAUGAGAAAGACUGUGAGAAAGCUAGCCAAGUGUUUCCCUACUGCUAUAGUGAGUGGCAGAUGCAGAGACAAGGUGUAUAAAUUUGUCAAAUUAGCUGAGCUGUACUACGCUGGGAGUCAUGGCAUGGACAUUAAAGGCCCAGAGAAACGCUCCAAAUCUAACAAAGAUAGUGAAUCCGUUCUCUUUCAACCAGCUAGUGAAUUUCUACCCAUGAUUGAUGAGGUUUACAACCAAUUGGUUGAGACUACCAAAUCAACUCCAGGAGCCAAGGUGGAGAAUAACAAGUUUUGUCUUUCUGUACAUUUUCGUUGUGUUGAUGAAAAGAAAUGGAGUGAACUGGCACUGCAGGUUAGGUCAGUUUUAAAGGAGUACCCCAAGCUUAGGCUAACUCAAGGCAGAAAGGUUUUAGAAAUCCGUCCUACUAUUAAAUGGAACAAAGGGAAAGCCCUUGAAUUUUUGUUAGAAUCUCUUGGAUUCGCUAACUGUACCGAUGUUUUUCCUGUCUACAUUGGAGAUGACCGCACAGAUGAAGAUGCAUUUAAGAUAUUGAGAGACAGAGGACAAGGUUUUGGUAUUCUUGUCUCCAAGUUCCCUAAGGACACUAGUGCAUCAUAUUCUUUACAAGAACCAGAUGAGGUUAUGGAUUUUUUACGGCGUCUGGUUGAAUGGAAACAAUUAUCUGUAUGAGCUCAAUCCAGAAUGUAAAGACUAGAAGAUAUGGAAAAAAAAUAUUUCUCCACCCUAGCAAGAAUUGUAAAAGGGUGUGAUUAGAUUAUGUAGUAAAUUCUUGUUCAAGAUAAAGAAAGAUGAACAAGAAGGAAAAAAAUAUGAUUAAUACAGAAUUUUGCGUUUAGGCUUGAAGGCCUUGUACAUCUUGUAACUAGCUGGGUGCAAGGAUAAAGCCUUGUAGCUUGACAACUUGUUUAUUAUGCAUAGAAAUUUUACUCGCUCUCUUUCUGCCUUUUUUCCCUCCAAUUAACAACUAUUGAGAUGGCUAUGUUUAUGCUGCUU